AUGGUUCCUGUUUGCCCGGACUAUGACUUGCAAAGAAGCUACAGAAGCCUCACAUUCAAUGUUUCAGGACAAAACUUCAAAGAAACAAAUGGACAAAACCUUAAGAAACUGUCCAAAGAGAAAGAUACUUUUCAGCCUUCUGUUGCCUUUGACACUGUGCCUACCACUGCGGGUUAUUCUUCUAUAGAUGAUAGUCGAGAAGGAUUCAAAGGCGUACCUGUUCCCAGCUAUUACACCAUGGAAGAGUGUUAUGAUGACGAAACAGACUCUUUCUCGCCAAAUUUACAAUAUUAUUUGAGAGACACAUUCCAAUCUUCACCUUCUUUGAAGACUAGAAAAGAGAACAACUCCGAAUCCAACGGUUUUCCAGCGAGAUCCUCGAAAAUCAUGGAGAAGAAUGCUGACAUCAGAAAUUUUUUUUUAGUAUCCAAAAAUGGAAAAAUAGUAAGGAGAGACUACCCAAGCACGCCAGUAAUUGCCAACGAAACAUUAAUGAUAAACAGAUUUGAGGAGAACUGGAUAAAAUCAUGGCGCCAAAGAAAAUCACAAAUAAAUGAAAGGCUGAAUGACAGAAAAAGGUGGUUUACUUAUCCUGAACUUAUCUUCUCUGAGGAACGUAUCAGACCGCUAUAUAGAGGCGAUGAUACGGCGCCAUGUACGAAAGAGCAAAAAAGAAAACACAAAAUAUUUCAACAAAAGAUCGGAUAUCCUAAUAAUCCUAAAACAAUAGUUUGCUACAUUAACGGAAAAAAGCAUACAUGGGUUGCUCUAGACUGGACUGUUUGCAAGUUUGCGCGAGACCUGGAUCACAUUGUGGUCAUAACUACACUGCCAAAACUGAUAUCUAAGAGGAAAAAAACGUCAGAAGAUGAUACAGAAUGGGCACCGGGAUAUCAAAAAGAAGUAAUAAACCAAAAACUGAACGACAUCUUCAAUUAUAUUUUACAGCUUGUGAAGGUGGUCAAAAUAUCCGUCAAAAUUACUUUAGAAAUAGUUAUAGGCAAAAUAAAAAAAAGCCUGGUAGAUGUUAUUAAUGUCCAUACUCCGGAUUUCUUAGUUCUUGCUACUUUAAAGCACGAACGAAAUGAGAAUCUUAUUACAUAUAGAUCCAAAAAGCUGACAGAUGUCUUUCCUGUUAGUUAUCCAAUUCCCACAUUUGUUGUUCCCUCAAAAAGAAUGUAUUCGUUCGAACUGAACCUACAAAAACAAGUAAAUGAACAAGUUGACAAAAAUAACCAUACGAAGAACGAACAUACUGAUGGUGACAGCAUGAGCAGUUCAAUGCUCAAAAAAAAUACAUUAUCAGAUAUUUCUUCACAUAUUUCCCUAGAUUCAUAUGCAGAAGAUUUCAAAAGGCAAGGUUACAUCAAAAAGCACUUAAACGCCUCUGAGGAUUCUAUUCCAAGAAAGCUGAUAGAUGUUGCCCAACACUCAAGAACGAGGAUCACUGGUGAUAUAAAAAAAUUACAAAAUGUUGAGAAAGAUAGGAAAUCUACUAAAGAAAAGAUUUUGUUAACGAAAAUCGAUAUUGUAAUCAAAGAGUCGUUGAAAUCUUCUUUAGCGAUAGAGACGCUACCUGGUAAGAAGUUAUCGCGGUCUAGUCACACUGACCAAAUUGCUAGCUUCAAAAAUGCCCUGAUAGGUAAUGAAUCGAAAGGCACGAGGUUUAGAAAAUCAUUAAUACCGUAUUCGUCUUCAGAAGAACAAGAUAUCACAACAACUAUCAAACCCAGUAGCUCACCUACAUCCCAAAUCAAGUUUGCGACCUCUGUCAAACACAGAGAUGGAAGAGCUGCCCUUGGCAAAGCCAGAAAUCUGCCUGACAUAAGGCACAGUAUUUCUUUCGAGAAAGAGAAUUCCUUUGAUCCAUCUGAUAAAAGUAGUAGUGUUGAUAAUAGCAUUCCUUUGAGGAAAGUGAAAAGUGCCGGUACGUUAAGAAAAAUCAAAACCAACGACUCUUCAAGUAGUGCAGGGUCCAGGAAAAGUUCGUCUAGUUUUAGUACUGUGAACACCUUUACUGGGGGUGGAGUUGGGAUCUUUAAGGUGUUUAAAAGUGGAAAUUCCACUGGAAAUAAAUCAUCCAGUAGAAGAAAUAGUAGCAGUGCUGAUGUUUUAGAAAACGAUGAUCGUAACGGUAAGAAAAAGAAGAAGAAGAAGAAGAAGAAGAAGAAAUCGUUGUUCUCAUUUGGUAAAAUUUGA